AUGGGUCGAUUUCCGCUGCCUACCGAAAAACAGCGUCAUCAGAUUGUCCAGCAUCGUAAAAAUUACGAAAUGAAUCACACCGCCAGUCUUCGUAUGCAAGCGACGACACAGCGUGGAGCGAGCGUACCUCCGAAAGCUUCAGAGGACUCUUCAGCAGAAACCUCAAACAUACCACAGGUAAUUGAAGCCGAAGUUAUACGCUCAUCUCCGGGUGUCUUGGUGGUACAGUACAAACAGGAAAGCACGCAUAUAAAAUACAUGGGUAUUCUUCUUGCUGAGAACGG